UGCCUUCUUUUAAAACCCAUCUCUUUUCACCCUCUUCUUGUACUUCUUUUUAUGAUUCUACUUUAUAGCGUUUCAUCACUCAGAAACACCCCCACUCAGCCUUCUUAUUCAUUCUGAAAAUUGGUGUUGUUUUGGCAUUCUGAAAUCAUAAAUUAGGGAAAAGGGAAUGGGGAGGAGGCCAUGUUGUGAGAGGAAAGGUUUGAAGAAAGGGCCAUGGGGUCCUGAAGAAGAUGAGAUACUUAUAAAUUACAUCAACAAACAUGGCCAUGGAAGCUGGCGUUCUCUUCCUAAGCUUUCUGGUCUUCGUCGUUGCGGCAAGAGUUGCCGGCUUCGGUGGACAAAUUAUCUUAGGCCUGACAUAAAACGCGGCCCCUUCACUCUUGACGAAGAGAAGCUUGUCAUCCAGCUUCAUGCCAUUCUUGGAAACAGGUGGGCAGCCAUUGCUUCUCAAUUACCAGGACGAACUGAUAAUGAGAUCAAGAACCUAUGGAACACUCACUUGAAGAAACGCCUGCUUUGCAUGGGUGUUGACCCACUGACCCACGAGCCGUUCACCUCUGGCGGUCCAACCACCAGACCACGUUCAUCUCCUGCCACCCGUCACAUGGCUCAAUGGGAGAGCGCUAGGCUGGAAGCGGAGGCUCGCCUUUCCAAGGAGUCACUCUUCUUCAAUUCACCACCAACGUCGGUGAAACCUGACCCUGACUUUUUCCUACGCUUAUGGAAUUCCGAAGUUGGAGAAUCGUUUCGGAAAUUGAACGGAGAAGCUAAAGCCGAUUGCAGAAGCCCUAUUUCUCAAGCCUCUUCAUCCACAAAAUGUGGGUCGGUUUCGGGUGUCACCAUUGAUGUUGGGCCCAUCGCAGCAGGGUCUUCAACCCCUAAAAGCAGUCGGACUGAGGAUCCCAUCAUGUUCGAUGCAUCUUUCUCAUCAAGUUCGAACGAGUCCGAAGAUUCAUCAGACACUGCGCUGCAACUGCUGUUGGAUUUCCCCAUUAACAAUGACAUGAGCUUCUUGGAUGAUGUUGAUACUUACGCUACACCCCCGCAAUGUUGACUCAAAUAUCAAUCUCAAGGCAUGAUUUGUAUAAAUAUUUUGCCACUGAAUAUUGAACCCAGUUUUAGAGCCUAAGGCAACUAUAUGGUAAAUUUUAUAUUGCCUAUUAAGGUGAUGCCAUGAUUGAACCUAGUGUUUAUCACACAUAUAUAGUAUAAUAUAAAUAGUAGUUAUAACGUUUGGAACUUUUAAUAUGGGAUUUUGCAGGUUGUUUGCAUAUUUAAUUAACUGUAAUGGAGGAAAUGUAUGAGAAUUCUGAUCAUUGAGCCUAUG